CCCCCUUCUUUAUCUCCCCUCUCUCUCUUUCCCAAAACUCUAUUUAGAAUUUUAGAUAUAGUCAAGUCGUAUAAAGAUUCAUUCAAGAAAACAUAAUGGAAACAGGCGACACUUCCGCCGCCACCACCACCACGCCGGAACAACCACCAUCGCAGACCACCACCCACCACCUGUCGGCCCCACAAGGUUUGACUUUAGAAGAAUUCAACAAAUUACAACCAAUCAUAUCCGAGUUCCACACAUACACUCUCACACCAUCUCAGUGUUCUUCCUUACUCGCACAACACAUCCACGCGCCAGUCCAAACCGUUUGGUCAAUUGUUCGUAGGUUCGACAAGCCACAAACAUACAAACACUUCAUUAAAAGCUGCCACGUGGACGAAAACUUCACAAUGACUGUGGGGGCCACACGUGACGUCAAUGUUAUAUCCGGCUUGCCUGCAGCCACCAGUACGGAAAGGCUGGAUAUACUCGAUGAUGAAAAACAUGUGUUGGGAUUUACUAUUAUCGGUGGUGAACAUAGGCUGAGAAAUUACCGCGCUGUAACUACUGUUCAUGAUGUCGUGGGUGAUGACGUGUCGUCUGUUGUUUUGGAAUCCUAUGUUGUUGAUGUUCCUCCUGGUAACACUGAAGAAGAUACGAGGUUGUUUGCUGAUACUGUUGUUAGGUUGAAUUUGCAAAAAUUGGCGUCGGUUACUGAAGCCAUGGCCCGCGAUACUCGCACUUGAGCUCCACCCGAUCCGACCCGGAUAAUAAAAGUAAAAAAGAUUUUACCUUCACUUACACUUUGUUCCUUUUUUUUUUCUUUCUCUUUCUUGAAUUGAAAGAUUUGUGCUUUUUUUCUGUUUGUAUGGAAUUUCUUACAAAAUGAAAGGAAAAAAAAAUACACCCUUUGUUUGUAAUGAUGGUUGUUUCUGUCAAAUUGUA